AUGGGUAAAAGGGUCCUUCUUCAGGCCCAGCACUUCUGCUUCCAAGUUGCCCUGCAAGAUAUAACCGACAGCUUUGUGGACAGACCGCCAAGUUUCACCAUGUCGUUCCCUACGGUUGACAAGAUCAAGCUCGGGUCCCAGGGCCUGGAGGUCUCCCGGCAGGGUCUCGGCUGCAUGGGAAUGAGCGCAUUCUAUGGUCCGCCCAAGGAAGAGGCAGAGGCAAUCAAGGUCAUUCACCGGGCGAUCGAGCUGGGGGUUACGUUUCUGGACACAUCGGACAUCUAUGGUCCGCACACAAACGAGCAGCUUCUUGGAAAGGCGCUUGCGGGGAUUCGAGACAAGGUGCACCUUGCGACGAAGUUUGGGAUCGAUGCGUCCGGCGGGGCGCGCUCGAUCAACGGGAGCCCUGAGUACGUCAGGAAGGCAAUCAAGGGGUCGCUGGAGCGGUUGCAACUGCAGUACGUCGACCUGUACUACCAGCACAGGAUUGAUCCGGAAACACCAAUUGAGGACACGAUAAACGCGUUGAAGGAGUUGGUGUCCGAAGGCAAGGUCAAGUACAUCGGACUGUCCGAGGCGACUGCGGACGAGAUCCGGCGCGCACACGCGGUGCACCCCAUCACGGCGGUGCAACUAGAGUGGAGCCUCUGGACGCGGGACGCCGAGGACGAGAUUAUUCCUACCUGCCGAGAGCUCGGCAUUGGGAUCGUCCCGUACUCCCCCCUCGGCCGCGGCUUUUUCGCCGGCAAAGCUUCCUUCGAUGCCGGCGAUUGGCGCGCCGGUAACCCGCGGCUGAGCGGUGAAAACCUGGAAGAUAACCUCAAGUUGUACCAGAAGCUCAAGGAGAUUGCGGACAAGAAGGGCGUCUCGCCGGGACAGCUGGCGCUCGCGUGGGUGCACAACCAGGGGGAUGACGUGGCGCCCAUCCCGGGAACCACGAGCAUCCAUCAUCUGGAGGAGAACAUCAAGGCGUUGUCCAUCAAGCUGUCCGCAGAGGAGUUGAAGGAGUUGUCCGAUGCUGUCCCCGCGCAUGAGGUGAAAGGGACGCGUUAUGAUGAAGCGAUGAUGGGCAGUACCUUCCACGCCCGGAAGUAGGAAUGAAACGGACUUAUUUUUCGGUCUAGUUGUCAAGGGCGUAUCAUUAAUUUUGAUUUGUGACUUCAGUCGUUGGCGUGAUUUGAGAAGAUAUGAGAUAAAGUAUUGGACGAGCAGAGCGCGUUGACUUCUUAGCGUCUUAGCUGUACAGCUUCAAAGACUGAUAAGUUUUGUGGAAGUUGGCGGGCCGCUUCAGCCCUGUUGUCACCGGGUUUGGCGUAGAGCUUGUUAGCAACAGGUAUGUAGACAGCGAAAAUAUGUUUGCCCCGUUCUUGCUUUGAACGUUUUUGAAGUUUUCCAGGGUCCUCGACUUUGAAUAUGCAGAAUUGACCUUCAAGCCUGCUUGAGCUGAUGGUGUUGCCAAUGCAGG